CCCCAUGCUCCGCGCGGACAGGAUGGACGAGUUUGAGACCGUGGAGGACGAGCCGUGGUACGACCAGCGAGAUCUGGAGCAGGACCUGCACCUGGCAGCUGAGCUGGGGAAGACCCUGCUGGAGAGGAACAAGGAGCUGGAGGAUGCUCUGCAGCAGAUGUACAUCAACAACGAGGAGCAGGUGCAGGAGAUCGAGUACCUGUCCAAGCAGGUGGAGAUGCUGCGUGAGAUGAACGAGCAGCACGCUAAGGUCUACGAGCAGCUGGACGUGACGGCGCGCGAGCUGGAGAUCACCAACGAGAAGCUUGUGCUGGAGAGCAAGGCCUCACAGCAGAAGAUCGACCGUCUGACGGGUACCAUGGAGACGCUGCAGUGUCAGGUGGACACUCUGACGGGCCGCAUGGCCGAGCUGCGGUCACUGGAGGAGCUGCGGGUCAGACGAGAGAAGAAGGAGCGCCGCAAGACCGUCCACUCCUUCCCCUGCCUCAAGGAACUGUGUACUGCCCCCAGGUACGAGGACGGGUUCCUGGUGGCUCCGGCGGGCAGCGUGGACCUGGUGUGUGAGCGGCGGCCGCUGGAGCAGGAGAACGAGCGGCUGCGCGGCACGGUGGCGUCUCUGCGGGCGCUGCUGGGGGGGGAGCGAGGGCGGCGCGAGGGGGCGGAGCAAGAGUGUUCCGCAGUGCUGCAGGAGUUCCAGAGGCUGGAGCAGCGCCUCCUAGGGGCCGAGGGGUGCGCGCUACGCGUACAGGAGUUAGAGGCGGAGCUUCAGGAGAUGCAGCAGUUGCGUAAGUCCCGCCUCUGCCUGCUGGGCCUAUCAGGAAGCAGCAUGGAGGAGGAGCCGCUGGAACACACCCUGCUCAACUCCGCCCCCGAGACGGACACGCCCGAAGACGCCAUCUCCACGGCGACGGCGGCAGGAGGCGGCGGCGGUCAGGGCGGUCAGGGCGAGGGAUCGGACUCGUCCGGUGGCGGGAGCGUCCCGGUGCGCAAGAGCUGCAGCGACACGGCGCUGAACGCCAUCUCGGCGCGGGACGCCUGCGGGCGACGGCAGGGCAGCUACGCGCUCCACGCUAACGGCGUGCGCAAGCGAGGCAUGUCCAUCCUGCGCGAGGUGGACGAGCAGUACCACGCGCUGCUCGAGAAGUACGAGGAGCUGCUGGGCAAGUGCCGCCGCCACGAGGAGAGCCUGCGCCACGCCGAGGUCCAGACCUCGCGGCCCGUCUCACGAGACCCCUCCCUGCGCGACCCCCCCCCCCACACCCCGUCCACCCCCGAGGCCCUGGAGGGCAUCAGCCGGCAGGUGGAGGCGGUGGACAAGCGUCUGGGCCAGAACACGCCCGAGUACAAGACGCUGUUCAAGGAGAUCUUCUCCCGCCUGCAGAAGACCAAGAGUGACCUCAACACCACCGCCAGCAGCAGCGGCAGCGGCAAGGGACGCAAGGCUAGCAAGUGA